AUUGCAUUUUCACCAAAACCGAAGAAGGCAUCUACUCCUUUCAGUCGAUUGGAAACAGCAACACCAUCUGCGGUCUCUAUCUUCUAGCCAGGCCAGAGGAGAACGUCGUUAUUGACUUUCUACACUUCAACGUGAGCUGCGACAAGCACGGUCUCCUGAGUGUCAUGGACGGCUGGGAGUUGAACGGCCAGUUCUUUCCCGGUCCGGAGGAUCACCCACUUCCGCGCCAAGUGCGCUACCACGAGUUCUGCGGAGGUGCCAAGCCACGAAAGACCUUUCCGAUGUCACAAAACGCCGGCUUGAUCGAGUUUCGAAUUCCCAUCGCGGGCCAGGGUUUCAUGGUUCGCGUACGCUUUGUGCCCAAUCCUAAACCCUGCAAUGUAAUCAUGGUGGAAGUGAACACCAUGUACACUAUACGCAACUUUGGUCGGCGCACCAACUGUACGGUCUCCUUACUAUACGAGGGCAGCUUUCAAAUUCUAUCAAUGAUCGUCGGACACAGCCACCGACCGAUUGGCAAUCUUCUGUCAAGUCGUAACUUUCUCGUCGAGACGAGCCUCCUUAAGAAGUGCCAGAAGCGAGGCAGAGACGACUACGUCGAACUGCUCGGCGGGUAUGGCCUCGAUCCCAAUCAGAUGCAACUGGCAGAAGAUAUGUGCGGCGUACGAACGGCAUCCUCAUACAAACGAAAAUUCACAGUGCACUGUCCGAACACUGCAGUCCGCCUAGUCUCCAGUGGACGCUACGACAACUCGGUGGAGUUUGCGUUCAACUUUCUGGACGCACAGCAACUCAGCAAUGACUCCGUUCUUGUGUGUCAGCAGCCAAAUUAG